AUGGAAAGUACUCAAAAUUUAGCCUAGUCAGACAACUAGAACUAAGAAGAGUAAUAUGAUCAUGUCAUUUUAUCAUGGUAACCAUAUAACGGCAUGAGGCACGCACAUCUUACCAGGAAAGAAAUAUAUGAUUAAAGAGAUUAGAAAUCAUAAAUAGCUAUCGUCCCAGCUCUAAUGUUAUUCAUGCCUAUGACGCAUGAUGUAUUGCUUCCUAACUAUCCAAUUCCAAAUCUCCUCGAUGGUAUAAUAAUGAAGCCUGAUCAUUCUUCAUUCAAAAUAUUAAAGGUAGGAGGAAACACUGAAUCAGGAACUAAAUCAGUUAAUAUUGGGUUUGUGAAUUGCUCCUUUAAUUAUAAAGAUAUGAGUCUUUGUGACUAUUGCCCUAGGAAUCUAGUUAAAAGAGCAAUUUUGGCCCUUUAGUAAAAACACAAUAUAUCUGUUAAAAUUGGAUAUGAAAUAGAAUUUAAUGUUCUUGAUAUGGAUGGAAAGCCUAUUAACAAGCAUAGUGGGCUGAACUUAGAUGCUCUUUUAAAGCAAUCCGAUGUUUUAAUAAGAAUCUCAAAUGAACUUAAUUCACAAGGGGUAAGGGUACUAAACAUGCAUAAAGAAUCUUCUCAUGGCUAAUAUGAGAUUGUCCUAGAUUAUGAUGACGUUCUGAAGUCAAUAGAUAACUACAAUUUUGCCAUUCAAGUGAUAAAGCAAAACUUCCAAAGAGAGGGCAAGUAAAUUAGUCUCCUCCCUAGGCCUUUUGAAAAUUAGUUUUGUAAUGGACUGCAUAUACACAUGAGUAUUUGGAGAGAUGGCAAAAACAUUCUCGGUGAUUCUGCUGGGCAACAUUUGUUGACAGUUGAAGGAUAAUAAUUCAUGGCUGGUAUCCUUGAACAUUCAAGUGCCAUAAACCAUUUUCUAGCACCUAGUCCAAAUAGUAUGAAAAGAAUUCAAUCGCAUAUGUGUGCAGGCACAUUUAAAAUAUGGGGGUUAGAAAAUCGUGAUGCAAUUCUUAGACUUAUUUAGACAGACUCAGUUGAAGGCAGACCAACUCAUUUUGAAUUGAAAGCGCUGGAUCAUACUGCUAAUUAAUGUUUUGCUUUAGCCUCUGUUCUUGUUGCUGCUACAAAUGGUCUAGACAAAGAGAUGAAGCUACCUCAGCCUGUAAACGAUGUUCCAUUAUUCAUACCUGAAGAUGCUUGGUAAGAAAAAGGCAUUACAAUCUUGCCCCAAACUUAUGAAGAUAGAAAAGUUGCUGUUUAUUCAGAAGAAAAUAAAGUACUUUUAGAGUUCUUUGGCAAGCCCUUAAUCGAUAAUAUUUUCCUUAUAUCUGAUGAGGAUUUCAAGGAACUUGAUGGGAAAUCAAUUUCAGAGCAAUUUGAGCUUUUGAACUCAAAGUUUUGA